ACUUGAUUGAAUAUCACUAGAAAACAAUUUAUAUUAUUUAAAAUUCUUAAUUAAAUACAACCCCUGUAAGCUCUCUCUCAUAUAGACGCAUAGAGGCCCAACUGGAAAUCGAAAAGAGGCAGAAGGAACAAGAAGGAAGAGGGAGAGAGGUGAAUCUAAAAUCUGAAAUUGCAGAGGUUUGAGAAUGGCGCAGCAAGCAGUGCAGAAGAACACGCUGUAUGUAGGAGGGUUGGCGGAGGAGGUGAACGAGUCGAUUCUGCACGCGGCAUUCAUACCCUUUGGGGACAUCAAGGACGUGAAGACGCCGCUGGACCAAGCCACACAGAAGCACCGGUCUUUUGGCUUCGUCACAUUCUUGGAGAGAGAGGAUGCAUCCUCCGCCAUGGACAAUAUGGACGGCGCCGAGCUCUACGGCCGCGUCCUCACCGUCAAUUAUGCCCUCCCUGAGAAAAUCAAGGGUGGUGAACAGGGUUGGGCCGCUCAGCCCAUCUGGGCAGAUGCAGACACAUGGUUUGAGAGGCAGCAACAAGAAGAGGAAAUGCAGCGUAUGCAGGCCGAGAACCGGGCUGCCAUGCAGGCUGCGGAAGAGUUACACAGGAAAAAGAAGACAGAGGAGCGAGAGGGGGAAAAAGAAGAGGAAAUCGAGAUGAAGGAUGACCCCAUGGCAAGGGCUGAAGCAGAGGUUUUGAAACAGAAUGACUAGUUCCACUGCUCCCAAGUGAAAAUUAGGAGAGAAAAAUGUGUUUGUUUCCAUCAAAUCCUUGUAAUUUGUCAAGCUCUCUUGUAAAACUUUGCUAACGAAACAAAUACCAGAUUCUUAAUUUCUUAUA